AUGAAAAUUAUUCGUUCACUUACCUAUAAGUUCAAUAAAAACUUUCAUUCAGCUAAGUUUUGUGGAUCUUAAACUUUAUUGGGAACGGAAGAUGUGUACCAAAGUUUCCAUAUCUAAAAAGGAAAAUAUCUUGACUCAUUUAUUGGUGAUCCAGAGUUAUUUACAACUAAUUUAAUACAAACUGUAAACGAUUGCAAAUCCAAAUAAAUGAAAGCAAUUUGGAUUUAGUUGGAUUAACAUUAAUUAGUACUUGCUGAAAAACUAAUUGAAUAAGGAUUUUACAUGCAUCAUUGUACAUAACAUUAUUUGUUAUUUGCUCAAUGGAUUGUUGAAAAUGUGAAAAGCCAAUUACCAAAUUACACAACUCAUUCAAUUGGUGCUGGAGGAUUAAUUGUUCAUAAUAAUUCAAUUUUAUUAAUUCAAGAGAAAAAUGGAUAAUAUAAAGAUGAAUGGACAAUACCUGGGGGAUUAGUAAAUGAUGAAGAAUUAAUUGUUGAAGCAGCCACGAGAGAAGUGAAAGAAGAAGCAGGCUUAGAUGUUGAACCUUAUGAUUGCUUCUUAAUUAGGGAUUUGCCUAUCUCUAAUCAAUAUUAAGGAGACAUAUAUUUUGUAAUUUUAAUGAGAUUACAAAAUAUUAAUUAAUCUAUUUAAAUACAAGAAUAAGAGAUAAAGAAUUUUAAAUGGGUUGAUUUGAAUCAUUUGCAAGAAGUAUAAUUUUCCACUAAACAAUUAAGUUUUAUUAAAAUAAUAAAUUUGGAAUGGUUUAAAGCAGGUUGAUGGAAUCCAUAAUUCAAUUUAAUAAAUCAAAUAAAUUCGACCACUAAUAUUUUAGUUUAGAUCCUCAAUAUUUAGAUAUAGAUGGUCAACUAAAAAAAUAUUAUUUUUUCAAACCGAAAAAAUGA